UUUAUUAUUUAUUAUUUUGUCGGGGAGCGCGCCAACCAAAAACACAAAAUGUGGAGCUGAAGUGAACUGUAGAGUCACUGAAGUCAAACGAGUAAAACCGGUAAGUACUGUUACAUUGGCCACGCCCCCCCAACCACCACCACCAUGUCCAACCAUCUCCUCACACUCGCAAUCGUCCUCCUACUCGCCGCCACCGGAGGGGCCCACUCAGAACAACAACACCAACACGACACGCCUAUCAGUCGUUUCCAAAACUACCUCCGGAUCAACACGGCCCACCCGAACCCGAACUACACCGCCCCGGUCUCCUUCCUCACCGCCAUAGCCCAAACCCUAAACCUCCAAAUCCAAACCCUCCACUUCACGCCUUCUAAAUCCAAGCCCCUCCUCCUCCUCACCUGGCCUGGCUCCCGCCCCUCCCUCCCCUCCCUCCUCCUCAACUCCCACCUCGACUCCGUCCCCGCCGAGCCACACAAGUGGGCCCACCCUCCCUUCUCCGCCCACCGCACCGCAGACGGCCGCAUAUUCGCCCGUGGGGCCCAGGACGACAAGUGCAUCGCCAUCCAGUACCUCGAGGCCAUCCGAAACCUGAAAGCCGCCGACUUUGUCCCAAUCCGCACCGUCCACCUGUCCUUCGUCCCCGAUGAGGAGAUCGGCGGCCUGGACGGCGUCGCCAAGUUCGCGGCUUCCAAGGAGUUUCGGGAUUUGAACGUCGGGUUUAUGCUGGACGAAGGCCAGGCUAACCCUGGCGACGAGUUUAGGGUUUUCUACGCCGAUCGGACUCCGUGGAAUUUGAUCGUCAAGGCGAAGGGCGCUCCCGGGCACGGGUCCAGAUUGUACGACAAUGGAGCGAUGGAGAAUUUGAUGAAUAGCGUUGAGGUUAUGACUCGAUUUCGGGCGGCCCAGUUCGAUGUGGUCAAAGCCGGGAAGGCCUCCAUUUCGGAGGUUAUUUCGGUCAAUCCGGUUUAUUUGAAAUCUGGGAUUGCUUCUGGCGAUGGGUUUGCGAUGAAUAUGCAGCCUUCAGAGGCCGAGGCCGGGUUUAAUAUAAGAAUACCGCCUACUGUGGACCCCGAGCUUGUUAGGAAGAGGAUUGCUGAGGAGUGGGCACCGGAGGCGAGGAAUUUGACAUACCAGCUAAUUGAGAAAGGACCGAAUAGAGACUAUAGGGGUCGCCCUUUAGCAACACCAACCGAUGAUUCCAAUCCAUGGUGGUCUGUUUUCAAACAAGCUAUCGCAUCGGCUGGAGGCAAACUUGCAAAGCCUGAAAUCUUGGCAUCAACUACCGAUGCACGAUACAUGAGACAGCAGGGCAUUCCUGCUCUUGGUUUCUCCCCAAUGACGAACACUCCCAUCUUACUUCAUGACCAUAACGAGUUCCUAAAGGAUACCGUAUUCUUGAAGGGCAUAAAAGUAUAUGAAUCCGUAAUCAGUGCUUUGAGUUCCGUAGUGGAAACUUCUGAAUAGCCACCACAGUAUUAAAUGGAGAGAACAAUGAUUGCAUAUUAAACUUGCCACAGUGCUGCACCAUUUUAAGUGGCGUUUUGCACUCCGGACACUCGGGGGUGGAUUCAAAGCGAGCUUCAUCUGAAAGGUGAAGUUGUUGGUUUAAUAUGCUUGAACAGUUUUACAAAUUGUUAUAAAUCGUCCCCAUCAAGCUUUGCAAAUAUUUUCUAUAAAUUGUCCACGCUGAAUAAAAGUCCUGAAUCUGCCAAUCUAGAUGUCCUGGACGUUCUUGUUGUUGCAUUGAUUGUGUCUUGCGGUAAUGUCAUUUAUUGUACAUUCCUUGAAACGAUGUAUAUGAUUGAAUAAGAGGGAUUACAAAUUAAUAUAUGGCAUAUAUUAUUGCUGAAGUCACAGUCGGAGUAUGGCGUUUGUACUUU